AUGCCGUCUGUUUCGAAAGCGGCGGCGGCGGCGCUGAGCGGGUCCCCCCCGCAGACGGAGAAGCCGACCCACUACAGGUAUCUAAAGGAGUUUAGGACAGAGCAGUGCUCCCUGUUUGUGCAGCACAAGUGCACCCAGCACAGGCCAUUUACCUGUUUCCAUUGGCAUUUCCUAAAUCAGCGUCGGCGCAGACCGCUCCGCAGGCGAGACGGCACCUUCAACUACAGCCCGGACGUGUACUGCUCCAAGUACGACGAGGCCAGUGGCGUGUGCCCCGACGGCGACGAGUGUCCGUACCUGCAUCGGACAACUGGAGACACAGAGCGCAAGUACCACCUGCGCUACUACAAGACAGGCACGUGCAUCCACGAGACCGAUGCCCGGGGCCACUGCGUGAAGAACGGGCUGCACUGCGCCUUCGCGCACGGCCCCCUGGACCUGCGGCCCCCUGUGUGCGACAUCAGGGAGCUGCAGGCCCAGGAAGCCUUGCAGAACGGCCAGCUCGGCGGUGGGGAUGGCAUCCCUGAUCUGCAGCCUGGGGUCUUAGCCAGCCAGGCCAUGAUUGAGAAGAUCCUGGGCGAGGACCCCCGGUGGCAAGACACCAACUUUGUGCUGGGCAGCUACAAGACCGAGCAGUGCCCGAAGCCGCCACGCCUCUGUCGCCAAGGCUACGCAUGUCCCCACUACCAUAACAGCAGGGACAGACGGCGGAACCCCAGGAGGUUCCAGUAUAGGUCCACUCCGUGCCCCAGCGUGAAGCACGGCGAUGAGUGGGGUGAGCCCUCAAGGUGUGACAGCGGGGACGGCUGUCAGUACUGCCACUCACGCACGGAGCAGCAGUUCCACCCUGAGAUCUACAAAUCUACAAAGUGCAACGACAUGCGCCAGACCGGCUACUGCCCUCGGGGUCCUUUCUGUGCCUUUGCACACGUGGAAAAGAGCCUGGGAAUGGCCAGCGACUGGGGCUGCCGAGACCUCGCCCCCACCGGCAGCUCCACGGCCAGCAGUGGCCCACCUGGAAGCGCCAAGCAGAGGGACUCACCUGCUGAAGGUAGCCAGAAAGCCAGUGAGCACGACAGUAAGCAGAACCACCUGGCAGUGUUUACAGUGGUCCACCCGCUUGCUCCCAGUGUGAGCUCCAGUGUGGCAUCCAGCCUGGCGUCCAGUGCUGGCUCCAGCGGCUCCUCCCCCACUGCUCUGCCCGUUCUCUCAGCUCGUGCCCACCCACUGGACCCCAUUGGCAGUGCCCUUGAGUCCAUCCCAGGUUCUGCCUUAGAUCUCCAUCUGAGCGACGUAAGCCUUGCUCCACUGGACAAGGAGCUGGACGAGCAGGACGGAAGUGACCUGGGACCCGCAGGUCAGAGGUCGCUGGGGGGCUCAGAGCCCGUCACCAUUCCGGGCUGCCUGGCCCGCUCCCCAUCCCUGCACUCCUCGUCAUCCCUGUCCACCUCCCCGCUCAGCUCGCUCUCCCAGUCCCUGUCGGGGCCUCUUGUCUCCUCGGCCAUGACGCCCCCCCAGCAGCCGCCACCCCUCAAGUCGGAGCCCAGGGUGCUGGGCUCCUCGACCUCGUCCUACAACUCCCUAGGUUUGAACAGUGUACCUGGGAGCAUCUGGGACUUUGUUUCUGGCAGCUUCUCUCCCAGCCCUUCCCCCAUUCUGAACGCUGGCCCCACAUCCACUGCAAGUGCAAGUCCAAAUGGCGCCGAGCUGGCACGGGUCAGGCGGCAGCUGGACGAGGCCAAGAGGAAGAUCAGGCAGUGGGAGGAGUCCUGGCAGCAAGUGAAGCAGGCCUGUGACGCAUGGCAGCGGGAGGCCAAGGAGGCGAAGGAGCGUGCACUAGCGGCCGACAGUGCCCGGCAGCUGGCCCUGCAGAAGAAGGAGGAGGUGGAGGCCCAGUUCAGGCAGCUGCAGGAGGAGUUGGAAGGCCGAGGCAUGUCCACACUCCCCGGGCUGCGGGGCUGCGGCGACAUCGGUGCCAUCUCGCUGCCCAAGCUGCAUUCGCUGCAGAGUCAGCUGCGCCUGGAUUUGGAGGCGGUGGAUGGGGUGAUCUUCCAGCUCCGAGCGAAACAGUGCGUGGUGUGCGGAGAGCAGGCCCGUGGCACCGUCCUGCAGCCCUGCCAGCAUCGUGUGCUCUGUGAGCCCUGCGUGGCCAGUGCGCCGGAGUGCCCCUACUGUGAGGGCCAGCCCCUUCAGUGGUGACAGCAGCCACGGUGGCCUCACUUCCUGGUGCCACCGACGUCGGGACCCCAGCCCUAGCUGCACCCAGUUUCAUGGUAUUCUCCUCGUAGACCUUAAAGGCAAACUUACAGCACCUACCUGCCUGCAGCCCAGGGUUUGGGUGGGCACAGUAAUGACAUGGGGUUUGCAGUCCUGACACUACUGUGACCAUAUCCUGGGAGUUCGUGUCCCAGCCAAGCACUUUGUAAACCGAGGAAUUUACAUGGACAGUCUCAGUUGCUAUAAGCUGCUUUCUAGGUUCAUGUUUUUUUAAUAUGCAAGAUGAAGCUUUGUAUGUGUACUGUGAACUUAAAAUAUUUCCUAUCAGUCUAUUGUUAAUUCAUAGUAUGUUAAAUAUAUUAGAUUUCAUAUUCUGAAAUUAGUACUUAUGAAAUGAGCAUUUAUCUAGUAGUGAGAAAUGCCUAGGAUUUUUAUAGGUUUUAAAUUAAGUAAGUGCAAACAAAUAGUAUUUAUAGCAGAGUGAUUAUUGAAAGACAUACAUUUAGAUGUUUUUAAUUUUAUGAAAAGAACUGUCCUAAUCAUGUGCACGCGCACACUAAUUGGAGUUUUAUUUCCCAACACCGUGAGAUGGGGGAGCUCAGUCACACAUCUCUGACCCAUGGCCGCUGUUUCUAAGUGCCUGUGCCUUGCAAAAGAAGUGAAGGGAAUGGUUCAUUUGGUUUUAUUUUCUCCCAUGAACUUUGUAAGACAAUUUGAUACUAGUGAAAAGUGCAACCAAGGGGGGUACAUUUCAUUUUACAGAGUCUGAUGGGCAGUAGUCUCCCACCUUCCUGGAGCCGGCUGUUGGGAAUCCCGGCUGGCCCCCAGUCACUCCCCACGCCUGGGGCCUCCUGGGCUCCUGCUGCAGUGGGACAGGCUCAUUAGUCUGCGGCAUGUGUGACUUCAGGGACACUUCUAACCCUGUCGUCUGAGCUGUACAUCCAGGUAUUAUCUGUCAUUCCGUGAGGACCUGGCUCUGCUGCUGGUCCCUUGGCCCCCAAGUGGCAGCCUGGCUUCAGGGCCACAGCAGGAACGCUCCUGAGAAUGGGUCUGAUUUUAGUGAUAACCAAUCUUUUCUGGUCUGCAGUGGGUCAUUUUUCUAGAAAUGUGGGAAGAAGUAAAAGAUGUCUGUUGUUUACCCCAACUUUGCUCUCAGUGAAGCUGAUCUAGAUUGCUGUGAGAAAAUCUACAGAGCCCGCCACGGGGCGGGAGCAGGUACUGGGCCUCUGGCCUGGAAGUGAACACUGCCGUGUUUCUACUUGCCUGGGGCUUUGCCAAAGACUUUUAAGAGCAUUUUUAAAAUGCAAAGUGACUAGGUAAAAAUUUUUAUCAGUGACCAAAUUAGAAUGUAUUUACUAUAGUAAGAAGUUUAAACCAUUUUUUAACAUAAGACAAACGGAUAAUAAGUUGUCAUUUUUAAAGGUGGAUCCAUGACAUUCCACGGCUAGUGCGCUACUAAAGGUUAACUAUUGACUUGGUUUUAGUGAAUCUUUGUUUUUAAUUAUAGUGAUAAUGAUUUAUUAGCUCUUAGAAAUUACGUAUAUUUUGUGCUACUGUUAUCACUGUUUAAAAUUAUUUUUAUUAAUAUUUAUGCACUUGUUUCCCACUUCAGGCCUUUGGCCAUUUUGGGAUAACAGGACAGUGUUUAUUACUGAUAUCUAGUCUAGACAUUUUCAGAUUAUAAACAAUUAGGAACAAUUAAGCUUUAGGUCUAUUUAUAAGCUACUCUGGUGAGUUCUGUGGAGUGGGGGCCGGGGGUGUAGUGCUUACGGGGUACCAGCUGGGGUGGGGCGCGGCCCUCGAGCACUCACCCGGCUCAGGUCAGGACUGGCCGAGAACAGACAUGGGGUGGGAAGGCCAAAGAACCGUCCAGAAUGGAACUCCCAGGGUGCCCAGGCAUUGUUGGGGCCAUCACUGUAGUGUGCUCCUGGGGUGCUGCUCCUUGGGGUCCUCCCCACCCCUGCAGUGGCCCUGGUCUCCUGAGGGAGCCACCCUCUGCAGGCCUCACGGGGGUUUCGCUGUCCCACCUGUGGUGAGGAGAGGGCCGUGCUGGGUGGAGCAGUGAUAGCCACGUGGUGCUGUGUCUCAGCUUGUGUUCAAUAUUAGCGGUGAUAUUACUGUCACACUACUCGUGUCAUGAUCAGCAGACCUCAACGCUUCAUGUGGACUAAUUUAUGGAAGCCCCCGAUCUGUAUGUUUGUUCUGAGUAUUUAGAUGAGAAUGUUCUUGGAAUGGAAUUUUCUUAACCCAGAAAGUAGUAUUUAUAAUGCAUAAUCAUUUACUUGUAGUGAAUUGUUUAAAGUUGUUAACACUUGUUUAAAUUUUUUUACACUAUAGCAUUUAUGCAAUGGUUUACAGAAUUCAUGGAAUUAUUUUUAUCAGUAUGGAAUUAAAACUUUGAA